GAAAACUAUUUUUAAUGGCGGAAUUACAUACACAUUAUUUUAUAUGUGAGUACAUGUUUGUAUAAAUAAUAACCUAUUAUCAGAAAUAAUAAUGUGAACACAUUGUUGUGUGUCAACGAAUGUAACGUUCAUGCUCACCUGUGUGAGAUGAGUCGAGCAGGCAGACACGCCCUUCCGAAAUAUGAGACGUCAGAAACUACCCAACUUUCUUUUGAGAAGGGUGGUGUCGCAUCUGUACACUAACUUGAACAUACAGAAAGUUUCUAGCCAUGGGAGACAUAAACAAAGGGAAGAAGGUGUUUGUUCUGAAAUGUUCCCAGUGUCACACGGUGGACGAAGGCGGGAAGCACAAAGUAGGGCCCAAUCUGUGGGGUCUGUUUGGGAGGAAGACUGGACAGGCACCGGGCUUCUCUUACACACAAGCAAACAAGGAGAAAGGUAUUACAUGGGGUGAAGACACGCUGAUGAUUUACCUUGAAAACCCCAAAAAAUAUAUUCCGGGGACCAAGAUGAUCUUCAAUGGCCUCAAAAAGAAAAAAGAGAGGGAGGACAUCAUAGCAUAUUUAAAGGACGCCACCUCACCCAAAUAGGCACACAUGUCCAUGUAUGCUGUAACUGUGGACAACCAUUUUUUUAUGCCGUAUGUUACUGUACAUGUUUUAUUGCAAGCAUUGACAACUUCAAUUGUAAAUGUUAACAUGGACAUUGUUACUCUUAGACCUGUAUUUUGUGUGUUUUGCCGUUUACAGCCCUCUUUGUAAUUCUCAAAUUCUUACAUUUGCAUAUUUUGUACUGUCAAUCACUGACAAUCAGGCCUAAUACUUGCAUUGUAUUACGCCUGAUUGUAGACAGUACAUAAUAUAAAAAUUCAAUAGAUAUACAGUACCUAAAUAUUUGCAAUACAAUAAAUUAUUUGAUAC